AUGGAACAAGGUAAGGGGAAGUUAUUACUCUAAAAUACUUUUUAUUGUUAUAAUAGAAGAAGGGUAGGCCUAAAAAAAGCCAGAGAAAAUUUGAAGGGUAGGGUAGGGUAGUUUACGACUUUUAAAUUCCACAAUAACAAACUGCCAUUUCAGAGCAAGAAUUUGAUUUACUGUACGAAGUUCUUCACUUUUUGUUAUUUUUGCUUAAAUAUACUUUAAAUGCUGUUUGUGGUACUAUUACAGCUUUAAUACCAGCUGGAGUUUUGCCAAGAAAAAGCAUCAAAAACAAGGUUUGUCUUAUCACUGGAUCCGCUAGUGGCAUUGGAAGACUUUUGGCUAUUAAGGUGAGGUAAUUUUAAAUUUUUUGAAAUUUAAAAAAAGUUUAAUUUAAAUUUAAAAUGACUUUUAAUUAAAUUUAAAAUUUUUUUUGAUUUUUUAAAUUUCUAAAUUAAAAUGACAUUAUAUUAAAUUUUAAAAAAAAUUAAAUUUUUAGUUUGGUGAACUUGGUGCAAUCAUAUUACUGUGGGAUGUAAAUGAAAAAGGAAAUAAAGAAACUUUGAAAAUUUUAAAGCAAAAAGGGAUUACUGUAAGUUUUGUACCACCUACUGUAAGAUUUUAGCAAAAAAUACUUUCAAGAAUGACGCUUUUGUGAAAUUACAUUAAAAAUGACAUAAAUUUGACAUAUUUUUGAAAAGUGACAUUUUGAUGACAUUUUCUUUUAAAAUUACAUAGCUAUGACAAUUUUAUGACACAUAACAUAUAAAAAGUGGAUUCCAGGCCCACGCCUACACAGUAAACCUCGCCGACAAACAAUCAAUAUAUUCUACAGCAGUAAAAGUGAAGCAACAGGUUGGUGAUGUUUAUAUGGUGAUCAACAAUGCGGGUAUAGUUAGUGGCCAAGACUUGGUCGAGUUGUCUGAUGAAAGCAUGGAAUUGACCAUUGAUGUCAAUGUUAAAUCACUGUUUUAUGUAAGUUUUUGGCUUGGCUUGACUUGGCUUGACUUUGCUGGUCUGGGCAGGGCUGGGUUGGGCUGGGCUGAGCGGAGCUAGGAUGAGCUAGGCUGGGCUGGGCUGGCCUCGGCUGGGCUAGAUUUUGACUUGGCUUGGAUUGGCUUGGCUUAUAUUGGCUUGACUUGGCUUGGCUUGGCUUGGCUUGGCUUGGCUUGGCUUGGCUUGGCUUGGCUUGCCUUGCCUUGCCUUGCCUUGCCUUGCCUUGCCUUGCCUUGCCUUGCCUUGCCUUGCCUUGCCUUGUCUUGUCUUGCCUUGCCUUGACUUGUCUUGCCUUGCUCUCUUAGCCCAUCCCAGCCCGGCCCAGUUCAGCUCAGUUUAGCUUCCAUUUCAAUUGAGAUCAAUCUAAUUCAGCCCAUCCUGCUCUAAACUGCUUUACCCUACCUUACCAUACCCUACCUUUCCUUAUUGUAAUCUCCCUGAAAACGCCAUUUUUAGGUAACAAAAGCCUUUUUAUCAGAAAUGCUAGACGCUGAUGAAGGUCACAUAGUAACUAUGGCUUCAAUUGCUGGCCAUGCUGGUAUGAUAGGGUUGACUGAUUACUGUGCCAGUAAGCAUGCAGCUGUCGGUUUUAUGUCGUCAUUGUAUCGAGAACUUGCAUUUCGAAAGUCAAAUGUAAAGACGACUACAGUAUCUCCGUACUAUAUCAAUACUGGCAUGUUUGAGGGGGUUACUGAGUCAAGGUGAGUAUUUUACUAAAGUAUUACCUAAAAUGAUAUUUGGGUUUUCAAAUAAUUCUGUGCUCUCUAAUUUUGAAAAUUAGGUUUGAGAUGGAAGGGGAGCACAAAAUUAAUUGAACUGCCUAAUCUUUUUGCUUAAUGUUAUAAUUCUGUCAUGAUAUACUACUGUAACAUUAAUUAAGAUUACGGUACGUAUGCCCAAUCCUAGAGCCAGAUUACGUAGCUGAUCGUAUAGUAGACGCCGUACUCACAGAUACUGUAGAUUUGAUUCUACCAAGAUUUUUGUAUUUUAUAAAGUUUGCUGGUACCUUCAUGCCACAAUCAUGUGUGGAUGCUAUAUAUGACUACACUGGAACUGACAGUACUAUGCUUGGAUUUAAAGGCCGAAAUUGA